AUGGCUGAAGAGAAACCUCAAAAAGAAGGUGCAGAUACUCGGUUUGCAGGGAUCUAUAGUGAUCCUAAAUUUAAGAACACGAGGACUAAAGAUCAUAAAAUUAAGCUAGACUCUAGAUUCAGCAAGAAAGAUCUAGAAGUGCAGCACAAAUCCAAAGUUGACAAAUAUGGUAGAAAAAUAAAAAACACGCAGAAUAAUAAGGAAUUGGAAGAUUUUGAUAAAUAUUUCCAGAAGGAAGCUGAAAAUGAUGAAGAUACAGAGGCUAGUGUGAAAACAGUGGUUGACCGUGCUCGUGGUGAAAUUUCCGGUGAUUAUGUAAGCUCUUCAGAUGAGUUUACUUCUUCGGAUUCUGAAUCAUCUGAGCAGAGUGAAGUUGAAAGCGAAGUCGAAAGCGAAGUCGAAAUUGAAGACCCUAAACCAGAAUGUGGUGAUGUCUCUAAGACUUUAGCCGUUGUGAAUUUAGAUUGGGAUCAUGUUAAGUCUGAGGAUUUGAUGAUUACAUUUUCCAGUUUUGUUCCUAAGGGUGGUAAGCUUGAAAGAGUUGCUAUUUAUCCAAGUGAAUUUGGUAAAGAGAGGAUGCAACGUGAAGAAGUUGAGGGCCCUCCUAAGGAACUUUUCCAAAAAAAAAAUAAGAACAAGGUUUCUAGGAAGAAAAAAUCUGAUGAAUCUGAUUCUGAUAUAGACAUUGGUAUUAACGACCUAUAUGAAGAGGGUGAUGCCGAUAAGGAUGUAGAUUCAAGAGCUCUCCGUCAAUACCAGUUAGACAGGUUAAGAUACUAUUAUGCAAUAGUUUACUGUAGUGAUAUUACUACCUCCAAGGCUAUUUAUGAUAACUGUGAUGGUACUGAAUACGAAUCAACUGCUAAUAUGUUUGAUCUUAGAUAUGUUCCCGAUGGUAUGACCUUUGAUGAUGCUGUAAGAGAUGAGUGUACUCUACUACCUAAGAAUUAUAGACCACACCAGUUCAGUACUGAUGCCUUACAGCAUUCGAACGUCAAAUUGACUUGGGACGAAACGCCAGCUGAUAGACUCGAAGUUGCUAAGAGGGCUUUUACUCAAAAGGAAAUUGACGAUAUGGAUUUUAAGGCUUACUUGGCGUCUGAUAGUGAUGAAUCGGAUGAACAGAUCGAUGAAGACGCAAAGAAUAAAUUAAAGUCUCUUGUUGGUGGGAUUAACUUCAAUUCCAAGAAAGAAAAUGUCAAAGACAGUGAUGAGGAAGUUGACAUGGAAAUAACAUUUACCCCCGCUUUGGAAGGAGGAAAUGAGCAGCCAUCUGAAGAGCAAGAAGAGACAACGAUAGAAAAAAUAAGAAGAAAAGAAAAGGAACGUCGUAAGGCAAGAAAGCAAAAGGUAAAAGAAUUGAAGCAGCAGUCUGAAAAGGAUAAAAAGACCAAGUUGAAAUCUAUCAACAAAAAGUAUGCCGAAGGUGAAGAGGACAUCAAGAAUAAUGCGAAAGCAAAAGCUGAACUGGAACUCUUGAUGGAUGACGAUGAUGCUGAAGCACAAGGGACAAUAAACAACAAAGCACAUUUCAAUAUGAAUGAAAUUCUAAGGUCAGAGAAAGAAAAGAACAAGAAAAGUAGGUAUCAAAAUAAGGAGAGAAUCGUUGAAGAUAAUUUCACACCUGAUUUAAAUGAUCCUAGAUUCAAAGAAGUUUUCGAAGAUCACGAUUUUGCGAUAGAUCCAACUCAACCUGAAUAUAAAAGUACACAAGCUAUGAAUAAAAUUUUGAAAGAACGUGGUAAACGUGUUAAAGAUAAGAAAAGAAAGCACGAUGGUAGUGAAAACGAUAUAAUCAAAAAUGGAGAUUCUAAGGGAAAUAUUGGUAAUUUGGUGAAAAAGUUAAAAAAGAAGAGCAAAUCAUCCAAGAAGAUGGCGGUUUGA